UUUCUCAGGUGAAGUAGAUGAGCAACAGACUCCAUUUCAUAGGGUGGGAUCCAGAUGGAAAGCCAGCACUCUCCAUAUGAGCUUCUGCGUGCAGUGCUGGGUGAGAUUGCCUGAGAAUAGAUCCCCAGAACCAUUCCUGACUGAGAAAACCCAAGCCUUUCAUGCCUGUGCUCAGAAGAAGCCUUCAUUGGGAAACAGGCAUGGCCCAAACCUGGAAAUGAAAAGGCAGCAGUGUUGGAAACCAAAGCACAGCCCAUAUCAUUAGCUGCAAUGGUUUGCAUCAAGAUGAGCUUGUCAGAUAAUUGUUACCUCUGCAAAGGCACCUCUGGUCCUGCGGCAGUGAUGGGCAGAUAUAAAAGGCAGGCCAGGUCCCUGCUCUCUCAUCCACUUCUCUUGCCUCCUUCUCCUUGAGAACCAGGUGAGUCUGAAGCCCCUUGUCCUCCUCUUAAAAGCGCGGUCUAUCCUCAGUGAAACUCUCAGCUGAUGUUAGCCUUAUCCUGUGCUGGGGCUUGCAGCGUUGUGCAUAGAUGAGAGAAGUGGGGAGAAUGUCUGCCUAGAGAAAGGCUGGGAAGUGGCUGAAGGGGCUUUUGGUUUACAAAUUCCAAGAGACCCUCCCUGUCCCAGGCUGCUCUAUAUUGGCAAUGGAGACCCUGUGGCACCUGGCGCAGCUUCCAGCUGCCCGCUCCUUAGCGGCCUUGGCUCUUUGCCACAGGAAAGCCAGGCUGCUCCUCAUCCACCCUUGUGCUCAUCCUCUGCUUGCCCCUGCCCUGUGUCCAGGUGAAGCUCCAGCAUCCAGACAUGUCCUGCUACAACCCGUGCGUGCCCUGCCAGCCCUGCGGCCCGACCCCGCUGGCCAACAGCUGCAAUGAGUGCUGUGUCAGGCAGUGCCAGAGCUCCACUGUUGUCAUCGAGCCUCCUGCUGUGGUGGUGACCCUGCCCGGCCCCAUCCUCAGCUCCUUCCCUCAGAACACCGUUGUGGGCUCCUCCACCUCCGCUGCCAUUGGCAGCAUCCUCAGCUGCGGUGGAGUGCCCAUCAACUCCGGGGGCUUCGACCUCUCUGGCAUUUCCCGACGCUAUGGUGGCAGGAGGUACCUCCUCUGAUAAACGUGCUGGGAGAGCCCCGGGAGACACCUGCAGGAACUCAGGGCAUGGUGCUGGAUAGAGGAUCGAUCUUCUGGAUGUUGUUUUCAACACAGCUGAAUGAGCUUUCCUUUCUCUCCCUUCUCCACAGCCAAGA